GCUCUUGUCAUCAAACUCACUCGUCAUUUUAUUUCUUUUAAACAAAAAGUUCAAACUCAAAAAAGAAAACCAUGUCUGCUUCCCUCUUUGGUCUUCCCUCUGCCCGCAAGUUCACUAUGGCCCCCGCCGCCGCCGAGUCUGGCUACUCGUGCGAGUUUGGCUCGGCCAAGUACUACCAGCUCUGCGCCGUCGGUGGCAUGCUUAGCUGCGGUCUGACCCACACCUUUGUCGUCCCCCUCGAUCUCGUCAAGUGCCGCAUGCAGGUCGACCCCGUCAAGUACAAGUCGAUCGGCUCUGGCUUCAGCCUCACCAUCAAGGAGGAGGGUCUCCGCGGCCUCGCUAAGGGCUGGGCACCCACCUUCAUUGGCUACUCGCUCCAGGGUGUUGGCAAGUUUGGCUUCUAUGAGCUUUUCAAGAACAUUUACGGCAACGCCCUCGGCGAAGAGAACGCCUACCUGUACCGCACCUCCCUCUACCUUGCUUCCUCCGCUUCCGCUGAAUUCUUUGCCGAUCUCGCCCUCUGCCCCUUCGAAGCCACCAAGGUCCGCAUCCAGACCCAGCCCGGCUGGGCCAACAACCUCCGUGAGGGUCUUCCCAAGCUCAUCCGCGAGGAGGGCAUCUCUGGCGCGUACAAGGGCAUCACCCCUCUCUGGGGCCGUCAGAUCCCCUACACCAUGAUGAAGUUUGCCGCUUUCGAGCGCACCGUUGAGCUCCUCUACCAGUAUGUCGUCCCCAAGCCCCGCGCUGACUGCACCAAGUCCGAGCAGCUCGCCGUCACCUUCUCUGCUGGUUACAUUGCCGGUGUCUUCUGCGCCGUCGUCUCCCACCCCGCUGAUUCCGUCGUCUCCAAGCUCAACGCCAGCAAGGGCUCCACCGCUCUCCAGGUUGCCAAGCAGCUCGGCUGGGCUGGUCUCUGGAAGGGUCUUGUCGCCCGUAUCAUCAUGGUCGGCACCCUCACUGGUCUUCAGUGGUUCAUCUACGACGGUUUCAAGGUCGCCGCUGGCCUCCCCCGCCCCCCUCCGCCGCAAAUGCCCGAGUCCCUCAAGAAGAAGCUUGCCGCUCAGUAAAGCAAGUUCCAGUACAGUGUGUGCCUUCGCUUGUAGGCGGCUAUUUGUGCUGCUGCGUGCAUGCUGUGGUUUUGUUCUCGACUGCUGCUGCAUGCCGUGUGUUGUUUUUCAAUCGCUAGUUUGUUUUUUCCUCCCA